GUUACCUCCUGAAAAACUUGAAUUGUAAAUGUGCCCCUAUAGAAUCUGCGGAAAUAUAAGAACGACCGAAGGAACAUUUUACCUUCUAUGAAAAACUGUUCCGUGAAGUGCGCAAAUUGCCGUCAAGUUGAACUAAUAUAUUUUCCUUUGAAACAAUACCUAUAACUCUAUAAUAAAGUAGACAUGAAAGAAGGACCCAAUGUAUCAGACGUAAAGAACGACGAUUACAUUCAUGAGAAUGGAGAGGCUGUUAAUACAGAGGAGUCUCCAGCAAAGCAGAAAUUGCGUGGAUGGCUGAAUCGAAACUUGCGAAUAAAAAUGACAGAUGGUCGUAUUUUAGUGGGUGCAUUCUUAUGUACUGACCGUGAUGCCAAUGUGAUUUUAGGAUCAUGUUCAGAAUUUUUGUCAGAGGAUCACACAGAAGCAAGAACUCUUGGUUUAGUUAUGAUACCUGGUAGACACAUUGUAACAAUACAUCUUGAUGAUUGAACAACUAUGGUUCUUUUAAGUUAGCUGUACAGAAUUCGUUGUCCUCCGUUC